CCCAGUCGUCCUCUGGAAGCAAAUCAAGUUUCUCAGUGACAUGUCAAAUAUGCGAGACAUCUAGCAAUCUACCAAAUUGUGCUUCAAGCUGAAAUUUUUGCUAAAUUGUUAUGCGAAAUGCACUGCUAGUUUGGACAAUCUGGACUCACCCUGGCUGAUAUUUUGCUACAUCCUUCAAGCUGAAACUUUUGCUAAAUUCUUCUAGGCUGAUUAGGAGCAUAUACACAAGCAAAUCACUAACUACCUGUCUCUAAUAUUUGAAAGAACUGAAAAUGAAAACACUCUCAAUUGGGUCAACUAGAGAAGCACCUUUGAAUCUCAUAUCACAAACAGACUACCCAAGGCCAAUGACUCAUAAGGACUUGAUACCUACAUUGAUUCGUUCAUAUUCUUAUUCCUCGAUUUUUAUCCUGUCAUUUGGUAGCUAUGCCUAAAAUUCUGUGCUACCUAUCAUAUUUUGACCAUCAAAAGAAAUCAAGAUAUACGUGUUUGGAAUGAAUACUUUCUUAUUAAUGUUGCAGGAUUUGGAGUUUUUGCACUCAGAGUCCCUACUUUCUGAGCCUCUUGAUAUCAGAAACUAUUUUUCUAGCUAUGAGUAUGAGAGCCCUGAACUCAGUACACUCGAUGAUCUUGGACGUUCUUAUGGGGAUAGAGAUUGGGUCUCCAUUGGGGAGAGGGAUAUGAAAAAGGAACAGAAUUUGUGGAUAACAAAAAAGGCUAGAAAUGACAAUGAAGCAGUAGGUGACAAGCUACGCUCGUAUGCUUUAAAAGAAAACAUAUCCAUCAUGACGGAUAGGGAUAGGAGUAAGGACAGGAAGAAACUCUGCUCUUUAAAUGAUUUUUGCUUUGAGGAAAGCUUGGAACAUAAAUCAUUCGGAAGCAAAGCUAUAGAGAAACCAAGAUCAAAGAAUGAAGAGUUUCCAGGAGGUGAAGAAGACCAAAAUGUCAAAGAAGCCGAUCUUAAAUCAACCAAUACCUAUGAAAUUGCUGGCAGUACUGAUAAAAAACUUCCAAAGAAGUUGGUCAGCACUUGGCAAUUCGCAAAGGAGAAAAACUUGGAAGGUAAGGUAUGUACAGAAGAUGGUCUUAAGCCAAAAAGGAGUCCUUCAAAAAGUUCAGUCAGCAGAUUUUCAAUCGGAAAAUCAAAUUAUAAAGUCAGUGAUAAAGAGAAUAAAAAAGAAAAUGUAGAUCGGGGAAAGGACGGAAUUAAAGAUGCAAAAUCCUUGAGAAGGCCAGAGGAGAUGGUAGUUGAGGGUUCCAAAACUAAUGUGUUGGUUAGAUCAGUUAGUGUAAAAGACAAUGCAGUGAAGAGAAAAUCAUUGGCAGAGACCACAAAUUUUCACGACUCAGUUGCAGUAGAGGUUACUGGUAAAUGGACAUGUCCUCAGAAGAAUAAACAGAAGAAAGGUCCUCCAUUGAAGCAGCUUCGACUCGAGCAUUGGCUUAAUAGAAUUUAAAAUGGUUCAUGGCCAAACAAGGGUUUUUUUAUUUAUCUGAAAUUUGCAGGGUGUAAAUUACUUGUUUUUAAUGGGUGCUUAAGCUUGCAAUCUAAGCAGCGCCUGUAGUUUUAAUAAAUGGAUCGCAGUAGAUAUAUAAAGGAUCAUGCUGUCAGAUUGAGAUAUGAUUUAAGUUAUGAGAAGUAAAAAAUAUUUUUAAUUA